GUGUGCAGAGGUGGAGGACAGAGAGAGAUGCUGCACCUGUGCUCGAUCACCUGAGUGGAGACGGAGGAAGAGCAAAGGAGAAGGAGCAUGGUGGGACACUUUCACAUCUGACAGAAACUUCUUCAGGCAGAUCGUCAAACCUGAGGUCCGUCCUCCAGUCCCUCUGUCGGUGCCAUCAUGGCGGACUCAAGCUGGUGGAAGCUGACCUUCUCACGCAAGAAGAAAUCUGAGCCCAAAGUUCUGUACGAGAUCCCAGCGGAGCACGGCAGCAACAACAAGGAGCAACCGAACCCUCCCGCAGACAACAAGGACAGCCAGUUCAACGCCAAGCUGGAGAAGAUCGUGGACAAGUCCGCCACCAAGGGACGCCACGUCAAGGUCUCCCACUCCGGUCGCUUCAAGGAGAAGAAGAAGGUCCGAGCCACGCUGGCCGAGAACCCGAGUCUGUUCGCGGAGCACCACCAGAGCAACGAGAACCAUAAAAAGAAGGCUGACAUUUAGUGGAUUGGAAACGUGUCAUAAACCACCUAGACACCCUUUGAAAGGAGUUCAGAAACGCCCGGGCAGAUACUGUAACCAACCGAUUCCACACACCGGAUCAGAAAACCAAUCUUUAGAUGAUCUCCGAUCACUUCUGGAGGCAACUUCCUUCAGAUUUUAAGGAGAUAAAUCCAUAAACCAAACGUCUGUCAGCUUCCUGCUCCCUGUGGGGUUUCACACCCAUCAGCCACUUCAUUAGAUGCACCUCGCUGGUACCGGGCCGGACCCUCGCACGCCUCCAGAACUGCCGUCCUUCAGGGCAUAGAUUCAACAAGACGUUGGAGACGUUCCCCAGAGAUCUGGGCCCAUACGCCAUGAUGUGAAUCUCCUGGACCAAGACAUCCU